AUGGCUUCUCUCCGGUCUGUUUGCAGAGUGCCUCUGAGCCAGCUCGCGCGCCGCACCGCUGCCACCAACCAUCCAAGAUUACUGCAGCGACAAUGGCGUGGAUACGCAACAUCGCUGGAGGCACAGCAGAAGGUGCUCUCCCAGGACCUUGAAGACGCCGACCCAACCGUCUACAAGAUCAUCGAGCAGGAGAAGAAGCGUCAGAAGCACUUCAUCAACCUUAUUCCCUCUGAGAACUUCACGUCGCAGGCUGUUCUCGAUGCGCUGGGUAGUGUUAUGCAGAACAAGUACUCGGAAGGGUAUCCGGGCCAGCGAUACUACGGAGGAAACGAGUUCAUCGACCAGGCGGAGCGUCUCUGCCAGGAGCGUGCACUCAAGGCCUUCAACCUCAGCCCCGAGGAAUGGGGUGUCAAUGUCCAGCCUCUCUCUGGCUCGCCUGCCAACCUCUACGCCUACUCGGCCGUUAUGAACGUCCACGACCGCAUCCUCGCCCUGGACCUCCCCCACGGCGGCCACUUGUCACACGGCUACCAGAUCCCUGGCAAGAAGAUCUCCGCCAUCUCCAAGUACUUCGAGACUCUCCCCUACAGGCUGAACGAGAAGACGGGCAUCAUCGACUAUGAGAAGAUGGCCGAGCUGGCACACCUAUACCGCCCCAAGGUUAUUGUGGCUGGCACAUCGGCGUACAGCCGCUUGAUCGAGUACGAGCGCAUGCGCAAGCUUGCCGAUGAAGUCGGCGCAUACCUUCUCUCUGAUAUGGCCCACAUCUCAGGUCUCGUUGCCGCCGGUGUCAUUCCCUCGCCCUUCCCCCACUCCGAUAUCGUCACAACAACAACUCACAAGUCGCUGCGCGGCCCCCGAGGCGCCAUGAUCUUCUUCCGCAAGGGCACAAGACGCGUCGAUAAGAAGGGUAACAAGGAAUUGUACGAUCUUGAGGGACCCAUCAACUCCUCUGUCUUCCCCGGCCACCAGGGAGGACCUCACAAUCACACCAUCACAGCUCUGGCCGUAGCGCUGCAACAAGCGCAGAGCAAGGAGUUCAAGGAGUACCAGCAGCAGGUCCUCGACAACGCUCAGGCUUUCGCGAAGCGCCUGGGUGAUGCCAAGGAGAACGGCGGUCUCGGUUACAACGUCGUUAGUGGCGGUACCGACAACCACCUUGUACUCAUCGACCUGAAAGACCGCGGUGUUGAUGGUGCACGAGUUGAGCGCAUCCUCGAGCUCGUCGGCGUUGCUUCGAACAAGAACACCGUUCCUGGCGACAAGUCUGCCCUCAAGCCUGGCGGUCUGCGCAUGGGCACACCCGCCAUGACCACUCGUGGUUUUCAGCCUGAGGACUUCAAGCGUGUCGCUGAUGUCGUGCACCGUGCCGUUGGCAUUACACAGAAGCUCGACAAGGACGCAAAGAAGAAGGCCGAGGAGACUGGUCGCAAGAACCCCGGUAGCGUCGCAGCUUUCAAGGAAUACGUUGGCGAGGGUGAUGACAUCACAGACAUCCUUGAGCUCAGGAAAGAAGUUGAGGGCUGGGUGGGGACCUUUGCGCUGCCUUGGGACAAAGAGUCGUAG